AAUAUUGUUUAUAUGUAAUAUUAGGUUUUUAUUUUCGAUUCUUUACAUUUUCUACAUCAGUCAGUUCGAUCCAAAGUAACUAACGUCAACAUUUGUCAACAAAACGUGAGCGAAAAAUGCUUCACCUCCGAAGAUGUACCUGGCGCAUGAAAAACCUCCGCGCCUAUUACACUGUUAAAAAUGAGCAACUUCCCAAAGACCCCCAGCAAGUAGCGAAACAAAUCUUUUCGAAAAUUAAAGCGACCGGACCUAUUACGGUCGCAGAUUACAUGAAAGAAGUACUAAUAAGCCCCGUGGGGGGCUACUACAUGCACAAAGACGUGUUUGGUGAAGCAGGCGAUUUCAUAACCUCACCUGAACUUAAUCAGAUGUUUGGUGAAAUGAUAGCUAUUUGGUUUUUAAACGAGUGGUCUAAAGUGGGGUCACCGAAACCUUUUCAAAUAGUUGAAUUAGGACCCGGCCGAGGUACUUUAAGCCAGGAUUUACUGAGAGUAUUUGAUCAUUUUGGGGCUUUGAAAGGUGCUACUCUGCAUUUGGUGGAAGUUAGUCCGGUGCUUAGUGAUAUUCAAGCGCGGAGAUUGUGUAUUCAGACUGAUAAUAUUCUUGACCAGAAGUCUGUGAUAUAUAGACAAGGAAUUACCCAUCAAGGUAUUCCAGUCAAGUGGUACCGGCAAAUAGAUGAUGUUCCAAACUGUUUUACGUUAUUAGUAGCCCAUGAAUUUUUUGACGCUUUACCUAUACAUAAGUUUCAAAGAAUUAACGAUAGGUAUAAGGAAAUUUUAAUUGACAUUGAUACUAGUAAAGAUUAUUCAUUUAGGUACGUUUUGUCUAAAGAAGACACACCAGCGUCAAAACUUUUUAUUAAAUCUAGUGAAAAUCGUGAUCAUUUUGAAGUGUCUCCUGAAAGCCUUGUCAUAAUCAAGAAAGUGGCUGAUAGACUUGAAGCAGAUGGCGGAUUUGCCCUCAUAGCUGACUACGGGCAUAAUGGAAACGGCACUGACACAUUUAGAGCUUUCAGAAAGCAUAAAUUACAUGAUGCCCUCAUAGAACCAGGAACUGCUGAUUUAACAGCUGAUGUUGAUUUUCACAGACUUGCACAUAGUGCUUCAGAAGCUGGGGGAGUCAUUUGUCUUGGCCCUAAAGCUCAGAGGGACUUUUUAUUAAACAUGGGAAUUGAACACAGGUUCAGAGCUCUAGAAGAGAACGUAAAACCUGAACUAAAGGAAGGAUUACAGUAUGGGUAUAAAAUGAUGACUGACAAGGAACAAAUGGGAGAAAGGUUUAAAUUUUUGGCCCUAUUGCCGGCAGUUUUAAAGAAAAUGGUUGAAAAGUAUCCAGUGGCGGGAUUUCAUUAACUUAUCUUGAUUGAUAUUCAAUCAAACUAUUUAUUUAUGUUAAAUAAAGUCUAUUACCAGAAA